CUCGCUUAGGGUCGAGGGCUGCAAGCGCGCGUGAUAUCAACUGAUAUAGAGUAGUGGAGGAAAAGCGGGAGAAAAGAAGGGGAUUAAUGAGCGUCUUCGGUGGUGAUAGCUGGGCACGAGAAGCUCAUCACAGAAAGAGGAGGCUUGAUGAUCUUCUGCUCUCAUCCACUUCAUCGUCUUCCACUGGCGACUCCUUUUAUAAAAAGCUCUCCAAUGGCAAAUUCGCGUGCCUCGUAUGCCCCCAUAAACCGGUCCUUGAUUCCCCUCUGAUCCUAUCUAUGCAUAUUAAGGGCUCCCGUCACAUUGCAGCCGAAACCAAACUGAAGGAAAAAGAGCUAUCAAUAAAAGAGGAAAUAAACAAGAGAAUUGCUCUAUCUGGUGAUACAAGCGAUAUUUCAAGCUCUAUUUGUCCAUCCAGUAAAUUGAAGGGCUCUGCGGUGCAAAAUAAGCCUCAAAAUAAGCCAUUGAUUGAGAAAACAAGGCAGGUCCUACUGGAGACUCACUGUGACAGAAUCCGUGGCUAUAAUCUAAAUGAUGGAAGCAAUCCAGCCACAGCUACUGCAUUAACCCUUCUUUCAGAUCAUGUAUCUGAACCAAUUCAACGAACAAACUUUGUGGUGCCUUUCAACCACAAUGAGAACAGUAGUGAGAGGAUUACUGCAGUAGAUUCUAAAAUGAUUUCAGAUAAGAAUGCGGAGCUUCGAAAGCGACGGGCGAAGGAACUCCAAUUCACAGCUGCCGGUUGGAAGCGUGAUGGCCAAGGGAAAUGGUACAAAGAUGAAAAUGUCGAGUUUGAUUCAGAUGAAGAAGAUCCAAAUGUCUUUUUCAGUUGAAACAUACAUUCUUUUCCUUCAGUGCUUCCCUUGAGACAAAAGACUGCAGCGUUUUCCAUUCUGAGUUUUAGAAAUAUACUUAAGAUUUUCAUUUUUCUAUCAA